AUGGAGUGAAAAGAAGGAAUGUCGUUACAGUGAAAUCGGCAUUGGCGCUUCGCUUUGGGAAUUCCAAAAGCUUGGGGUUCUAGGAUUUCACACUCAUUAUCAUCUCCCAACUGAAUUAGGGUUUUAAUUUAUAAAUCCCCUGAACCCGUAAGUUAUUUCAUAAUGGGAGUUGUUAAGUUGGAAAUUCGCUGCCCUCAAACCGUUAAUGGAAUCCGUCUUGAACCCGACCCGGAUUGGAGUUUCGAUGCUUUGUUAUCAGAGAUUGAUUCCUUGGAAAAGAAACUCAAUGUCUCUUCUUCUGUUCCUUUGCCUUUUACAAAAACAAAAUCAAGAGAAUUUUUUGGGGAAAAUGGCAUCAAGAGGAGCCCAAGUGCAUUUGUAAUGAGAAUAUCUGAUGAGGAGUUUGAGGAUAGUGAAGGUGAGGCUGAGGAGGUUCAUGAUCGAGGCUCAGCAAAAGCUGCACGAUUUAAUUGCGAUGAAUUUUAUUUGAGUGGCAGUGAUGAUUCUGACAAUGAGUCGUCUCUUCAAGUAGAAACCUAUUUGAUGAAUGAGGUGGGAUUGGUGGAGAGUGCUUUAGUUGAGUUAACCCAUGAGCAUCAACUCGGAGUUAAGGAGGAAAUUAGGAGCAAAAUUUCGUCAUUAGAGACAGAUUUCAUGAAUGAGAGCGAAAAGUCUUCCUCUGCACAUGCUAAAGUUGACAAAUAUAGAGAAGCAAGGCGGGAAGUGGAGAGGAAAUUUGAUGUUCAGUAUCAACGCAGAAUUGCAGAAGCACUUGAUAAUCACUUGACUGCCAUCCAGCGGGACCAUGAACUCAAAUCACAAAUAGAGGAAAGGAAAAUACGAAGUGAUGCGGCACAUGCAGAGGCCAAGAGAAGGGAAAAGGCUCUUCAAGAAGAAAGACUACGCCAAGAAAAGGCCAAAGCGGAGGCAGAGAUGCAGGCUAAACUUAAAGCUGAGGAAGCCAAAAGAGUUGCUUCAGAAGCUGAGAGGAGAGCAGCAAAAGAAGCAGCAGAAAGGGAAGCAGAUAAAGCCUCAAAAGCUAAUACUUCUGAAGUGUCACAAACAGAAGCUUUAGGAGGCCCAACGGCGACUAGUUCAGUAGUUUUAAAUGCUCAGCCAAAGGGCUUUGAUACUGAUAAAACAAAGAAUUCAUAUUCAGGAGGUAACAUGCUCAGGGCUGCAGAGAGUGCUUUAAACCUAGAGAGGGAAAGACUACAAAAGUUAAAAGAGUUGGAUGAAAGAAACCAAUCACUGAGAUCAAGUUCAAAUGAGGAUUUUGGCAGCACUGAAAGGCAUAUUGCAAGGCUGAUAAGACAAAUAAGGGGUACAAAAGACAAUGUCAGAACAAAAGCCAGUGAGCUUAUAAAGAUUUUCAGCAAUCCCCGUUGCCCUCAGACCAUCAGCAUUGCAUCUUUUGCUAAGAAGGUUGUUUCUCACUGUGAAAGCCCCGAUAAUGCUGCCUUUGCCUGUGGUCAUGUCAUUGUCCUCGUAACAUCGCAGUUCCCACAAGCAAUGGAUCUUCUUGUUGCUGAACUACAAAGAGCUUGCAUUUACACUGUCCCAAAGCAUAUAUCAUACUCAAAGUCGACAUUUGAAUCGAAAGAGGCAUACUGGAAGGCUAUAGGAUACCGAGAAGACGAUGGGAAGAUUGAAAGUACCAAGGAUUAUUUGAAACGGUUGGAAUCUUACAUGAAGCUGUAUGGGGCACUGGUUCAGACUGAGGUUGCAGGUGGCCAAAAUGUUCAUGGGCUUAAGGAAGGUUGGGCAUGGCUUGCUAGGUUCCUAAAUGCACUCCCUGCCAAUAUUUAUACUGCUGUGGCUUUGAAUGCAUUUCUGCAAAUGGCAGGCUUUGCUCUCUUCAGAAAAUACAAAUCUCAGUUCAUGAAGUUGCUAAAUAUCAUCUCCGAGAACUUUCUAAAUGCCUUGAGAGCCCAAGAAGAUCCAGAGCUGAGGCCUAUUAUGGCCGAGAUUCAGUCUUACUUGGAAGAUAGGAAAUUCCUUCAAGAACCAGAGGGAAGGGCUUUGCAAGGUUCUUUGUUAUCAAGUGUCAUGGUGCCUGACUCAGAUUACCAAGACUCAUAUCAUCAACCAAACAGAUAUUUCUACUAAAUGACUGAGGCGAGAAAUAUUUUCUUGUACUUCUUGUGUUAAGAGUAGGGCAAAAACGCCUUAUGAGAAAAAGGAAGCGCCCCACGGUGGUUAUGUCAUGUUUAUAUUAUUAUCUACUCUGGGGAAGAAAAUGGUUCAGAUAUGGAAUUACAUAAUAGAUUGUGCAGCUUUGGCCCUUAAAGGC